AUGGCGACAAUCCUGCUGCUCCUACUCAGCAGCCUCACACCGUUCCUGGCGGCAGCCGAUGUAUUCUGCGACAACGUUAAGGUCCUUGCUGCCACCCUCCCCAACAAAACCUCCUCUUCCCCAGUACACUUUGCCACUGCCACCGUUGGCCAAGCCCCCGACAUCGUGUAUGCGCUUGCGCUCUGCCGUGGUGAUGUCCUCCAUGACACAACAUGUGCCGAGUGCAUCACCAACGUAUUCGGCAAAGUGCAGAACGCUACGCCGCCAGAGGUAGAGUGCUUCAGGGCCGCCUCCUACUUUGCUGAUUGUAUCCUCAUCUACAACUCCAAAGACAUCCUCGCCCCGUCAUUCACCAAUAGCACAGAAGGAGAAAAUGGUGGCGACCCUCCUUUUGAGAGGUGGAAUGUCAGAAAUGUCACCGGCGACGUGCCGCUCAUCACCGGUCUCAUCCACAAGCUGCUGGUGCAGACCGUGGAGAAGGCAGCCAGCGCGUCGCCAAGGCGGUUCGCCACGGGUGUCGUGGACAGCGGCACAAACUUCCCGAAGGUGUACUCGUUGGCGCAGUGCACGCCGGACCUGUCUUCCGGGGACUGUCUAGAGUGCUUGCAACAUCUCCUUGGCAUGAUCAACUCCACCAUGUCCCUCCGCAUGGGAGGGCAGAUGGGUGUCAUACGGUGUUAUUUCAGGUAUGAUGCGUCUCAGUUCUAUCAAGGCCAACCAUUGAUAAGUCUGGGGCCGCUAGCUCCAACUCCGACCCAACACAAGAGUAAGUCCAGCCCCAGGGUUCCUAUAUGUAAUUUUGUGACAUGGGGGUAAAAUUCUCUAUUAUAUACACACCUGAUUGGUUGUUAUCGUAUACGUUCAUAUCAGGGCGGAAGAACAAGCUGUGGAUAAUUCCCAUAGUUUUAAUACCUCUAGCUGCAGCAACAUUUCUCUUCUUCAUCUUGUACUAUCGUCGGAUCACAAAACAAA